UCGCUGACCCCCUCCCAGUUCACGGUCCAUCGAUAUUGGGUUUCUCGCGAGAGAAUCGCUGGCCCCCCUUGUAGUCAGCGAAGUCAGGGAGGCCGCAAAUGCCAGAGAAACGAGUGCAGGUCGGGCCAGAACAAUACACACACGGUAUGCCAAUUCGAAAUGGGGCCAGAAUAGCAGAAGCGGCGGGCCGGCUAGUUGGGUAACCGAGCUUGCAAGAAGCAAAGCCUGUCAAAAUCGAGUGGCGGUGCAGCCCAGUAGUUCACGUUUGCCAGUAAAGAGCGUAAGCCGCGGCUCAAACGAUAUCGUGUCGUACUCGACGCCCACCGUGCGAUCCCUAUCGACGAUCGCGGUUCGUCGCCCAUCGCUCUCAACUUCCCCUUGAUCGCUCCACGCAGGGUCUUUUCGCGGCUGCUCUCUAUCUCGCGUUACGUCUCGCGUCGUUAGGUUCACGCGACACACCCGACUACCGGUCCACGGGGUUGCGAACUCGUCGGUGUUCACGUUACAGUUCUCUAAACACGCGAUUACGUUGUUGUGACAGACGGAGUAGAGCAUGACGAGGAAACAAACGGUGAUCGUGAAGCUUAAGAGAUCCAGCGCCGGCAGACCCUGGGGGAUACGUAUCGCCGGAGGCGCUGAUUUGGGCACGCCGAUCGUCGUCACCCGCUCGGAGAACGAGGCGCUCCAGAGGGGUGACGUGAUCAAGAAAAUCGACGAUUACGACGCGCGAGACGUGAGGCACGUAGACGCCCAGAAUCUCCUCCAAACCUCUGAGUCCAUAAGGCUUGUAAUCGAAAGGUCUGACCAGUCGAGUGCGUCUCGUAUCAACAUUACCACGUCACCUCCGAUUAUCAAGCCGAUCAUUGGCAACAGGGCUGCGGUCGCUAGUCUACCGAAAAAGAAAAUCGUGCCAACGGAGUUGCCGAAGAGUCCUGUGCCACCCCCGUGCUUCGAAGAGUACAGUCGACCCUCGACCCCGCAGGAACAAUUCACCCUGCCCCACGACCAUCUGGACGAGGUUCGCGAAGAAAGGGUCCAUUUGUCGCAGCCGUACCGCACGACCCCUCUGGUCUUGCCAGGAGCAAAGGUCAAGAAGGAUGCACCACUCGGAGAGUGCUACCUGCGUCAUCAUCCGAAUCCGAUGAUCAGAGCGGCACCUCAUCAUUACGAACCGGCUCAUCCCGAAGUUGCUAUGAAGCAAAAGGUGGCGGAAUCGGUACUCCAACGCGUCUUGGGACCGAAUGAAGUUCCAAAGGUAGUCCACAAACAAUUCAACUCGCCGAUCGGCCUCUACUCCGAACAAAAUAUCGCUGAUACUAUUAAAUGCCAGGCGUCGGCUAUACCCAUUUUCAUAGACUUUUCCUUCGUGAAACAGAAACAGGAAAUACAGGAGCAAGCGAGAAUCUUGAAGGAGCAGGCCAAAGCCGCCUCCUCGAAGAACGUGUGGCCGCAAUUUAAUAAGCCAAAUUAAUUAUCUAUAGUUCGAGACGUUUUUCGAUGCUUCUAGCGCGGCAGUUUCUUCGCUGUUCCAAUACUCUACGAUAACGCCGUCAACAAUUACCGACUCGACUUUUAUCGUCUCGUUACAAUAUUAGUUUUUAGAUCGUGCAUUAAAAUCGUGACGUAACUGUUGGUCGUUUAUUGUAGCUGUCACGAAACAGUAUCGACAAAACCGGCAGUAAAGUUAGAGAAACAAACCACGCGAAAGUUUGCGAAAUAACAAUCCUUAUAUUCUUGCAUGCUGUAGAGUAGACAAUAAUCAACAAUUAAUCGUAUGAUAUAUACGUGAAAAUAAGUAGUCUUACUAAUUGUCGAUGCUUACGUAAUAAGAGCAAUAUCUCGAGAAUUACAGACCGUGGUUUAAAGGAUUAACAACAUUCGUUGUUUCUAACAAAAAUACUACAAAAAAAACAUUUGCCAUAAUCCGUCCUGUCUACAACUGUUCUUUAGUAUAGUAAACACAGACACGAAUUAAGGGGCAGGCUGGGGGAGUAGGGGCUACGCCUUCAACCCCCAUCUUUUAAGUGACCUAAUUUUUUUAAAAUAAUAAACUAAAUAUUUAGAAAUACUGGACGUGUUCUUUUGCAGAGGUCGAAAUCUAAUUUUUAGGAAAGAUUUUUGUAUCGAUAGAGGCAAACGAUUAUAACUACUCAAGACCAUCCCUCCCCCUCAUAAGUCGCGUCAAACGAAACGCAACUUCCGUAGUCGUCGACCGUAGGAUAGUUGCUAUCGUUUCACGCUAGGUGUCGUAUGCACCGAGCGCGUAAUAAUUAAUCCACGCCUGUGGACAGGACUGACUGAAAUAAUUGAAAGAGACAGGAGACGAGACACGGAACGUAAUCCUCGAAGGAAAGCGUCGUGCAUCUAGCUAGAACGUGUUUGUAAUUAGAUUAACGAAUAAGAGCUCGGAAGCGGACCGAAAAGUCGCUCUCGAACAAGCAAUUGGCGAUACAUAACCCCCUGGCUGCUGUUAACCGAAAACGACGAUAUCGCAAAGCAAAUCAAUUAAAAGUAGCCCGUGUGUACACAUGCGAUACGACG